AUGACAACAUUAACGACAACGCCCUUUGUCCCCCUCCCCCUCUCGGUGGCGGCGACAGUCGCGCGAUACCACAUCGCGCCCGAGGGAAAUGCCGAUGCACAUAUCGCCGUCGAGCUCCCCCAGGCGGAGCACCGCAUCCGGCUCGUCAACCAGUGGCGCAUCCCGCCCGGCAGCCGCGUCCUCGAGAUCGGGUGCGGCCAGGGCACCCUGACGGCCGUGCUCGCCGAGGCCGUCGGGCCCGAGGGCCGCGUCGACGCCGUGGACCCGGGCAGCCUGGACUACGGCGCGCCCUGGACGCUCGGCCAGGCGCAGGCCCACCUCUCGGCGUCUCCCGUCGGCGGGCGUAUCGCCUGGUACAACGCCGACCCGGAAGCGUUCCUGACGAGUGGUGGCGGUGCGGAUGGGGAGUGGGACGUGGUCGUGCUGGGCCACUGCAUCUGGUACUUUGCCUCACCGGAGACGCUGUCCGCGAUUCUAGCCGCGCUCAGCGACCGGGCGGCGACACUCCUCAUCGCAGAGUAUGCCCUCACGGCGGCGGAGAAGGCCGCGGUGCCGCAUGUCCUGGCUUCCAUGGCGAGGGCGUUUCUCGAAGCGCACAACAAGGCCAGUGAGGCGAACAUCCGAUGUCUCCUCAGCCCGCAGAGUAUCACCGAAGCUGCACGAGCCAGCGGCUGGAGCCUCGACGAGGAGGCCAUAUUGAUCCCGGACGAGGCGCUGCAAGACGGCUCGUGGGAGACGGGCUCCGUGAAGAGCGCGAGCUUCCUCGACGAAAUUGCUACGCACGUUAAGGAGACUCCAGUGCAGUCGCUGCUGAGGUCGUCGAGGGACGCCGUCAUCGGCUCAGUGGCGGCACUGCAGGGGAGCAAGGUGCGGACUAUGGAUGUGUGGGUUGCGCGGUUCAAUUGA